GUCAUGCUGUCCUUUCAAUCACUAUUUCCUUGUAUGUCAAGCCAUAGCCUCCUCCCUUGCUAUGUACGGAUCCAUUGAGAAGCUCGGUGGAUGUCAGACCACAACUACUUGAACACCAUGCUACCGAUGUCGUGAAACAUUCUCAUUCUUAAGAAUCGCCCUGCGCUACCUGAGCUGUAUCUGUACGACCAUUCUUGGGUAGCGGCGACACGACACCGGCAAUAUGAUGCAGCGAUCGCCCAUGCCGCCUUCUUUUGCGCCGCAUCAUAUCAAUCAUCAGCACGGCGAAGACUCAGACGAUAGCGAAGCGGAGGAGUUUGCCGUAUCUUCUGAAGGCGAUGGUCACACUGAGGAGGACCAUGACGAGUUGCAUGAAUCAACGAGCAUAGCGCGUAUAGCGGCGCAAGAUCUUUCAGACGGCGCCAAUAAGCCUACUGGUGUACGAGAGGGCGCAGAAGAUGAGACAGGCGAUUCCGAGGAUGGCGCAGAGCCCGAGCUGAAGGGCUUGCUACCGCGUGAUAAACAGAGACGGACCACGCACUACAAUUACCAUCUGGAGAAGCAGAUGUCACACGUAGAGGCCAAGCAAUUCUACCAAAACCAGCGGGCGGAGCAAGGCUCUACCAGUGGAAGUCCAGUAAUAGGGCGGAGCCCGACAUUGAAGGCGCGAGCGUACUCAAGCCAUGCAGGCGGUGAUGCUAGCAUGUUCUCGCGGAGCGCAUCAGCUAGGAGCAAACUCGGUGUGUCAGGCACUAAAGAUCCUAGUGUGCCUCCUGUAGGCUUGUAUCAAAGUGCACUUCCAGUCGGCGUCAGCGAUAGGGGAGCAGUCAAUGGCAAAGCCGCUCAUCAUGCCGGUGACAAUGGGUACGACGAUCCGUACAUAGCCGCAGAUCGAGCAGCGAGAGCACAUGAUCUCCAUCCAGGCCUACCGCACGAGCGUAAACCGCUCCUUGAGAAGGAAGGCAUACACGGUGCGGGAGCUGGUAUAGGGCUAGGCGCACCUAGCGAUUCGAGUGUGACUGCCGAGCUACAAGCCAUCUACAGCAACAUCCAGAAGAUUCUCGAUAUUCGACACAAGUACAUGCGGCUUUCGCUGCAAGGCCCGACCGACAAUCCACGAGAUGAACCAGGAUGGGAUAUAUACCCGCCGAUGCCUGAGCCAGUCUGGCAGGAGAAUAGAGAGCGUUCAAAUGCGAGGCCAAGCGAAGAAGUAUUUCACGACGGAGCUGUGAAUGGCUCGCCUAACGCGACGCCAAAGCGGCCUGUAGUCAAGCCUCCUCCGACGAGAAGACCGCGAAAGAUGGGUCAAGACAUUGGCGAGGACUUCGUGCUGGAAGAUUGUUUGCCCGUUCCUGAGCCUUCGGAACUGAUGUACAAGCUUGACGAAGCUGGCGUAUAUCAAGUGUACGAGAACGCAUCGUCUGCUGAGCUUGGCGAACCGAUACUACACAUACCUACAAUACGUGAGUUCUACAUGGAUCUGGACGCUAUCCUAGGCAUCUCAUCGGAUGGGCCGAGCAAAAGCUUCGCUUUUCGGCGGCUGCAGUAUCUCGAAGGCAAGUUCAAUCUAUACGUGCUGCUUAACGAGUAUCAAGAGGUAGCGGACACGAAAGCAGUGCCUCAUCGUGAUUUCUACAACGUGCGAAAGGUCGAUACUCAUGUUCAUCAUUCAGCGUGCAUGAACCAGAAGCAUCUACUCCGCUUCAUUAAGAGCAAGAUGAAGAAGUCGCCGGACGAAGUUGUGCUGUUUAGGGACAACAAGCACCUCACGCUCCGCGAAGUCUUCGAGUCCAUCAACCUUACGGCCUACGAUCUGAGCAUCGACACGCUGGACAUGCAUGCUCACACCGACUCCUUCCACCGGUUCGAUAAGUUUAAUCUCAAGUACAACCCCGUCGGAGAGAGCAGACUGCGGACCAUCUUCCUCAAAACUGACAAUUUCAUCCACGGCCGCUAUCUGGCUGAGAUCACGAAGGAAGUAAUAAGUGACCUGGAGAGCAGCAAGUAUCAGAUGGUGGAAUGGCGCAUCAGCAUCUACGGCCGCACGCUGGACGAGUGGGACAAGCUUGCAGCGUGGGUAGUAGACAACAAGCUGUUCUCGCCCAAUGUCCGCUGGCUAAUUCAAAUCCCGCGCUUGUACGACGUCUACAAGUCCUCCGGCUUGAUGAAUCGCUUCGAAGAAGUCAUCGCCAAUGUCUUCCAGCCGCUCUUCGAAGCUACACAGAACCCGCAAAAGCACCCUAAGCUACACAUCUUCCUGCAACGCGUCAUCGGCUUUGACAGCGUGGACGAUGAGAGCAAAACCGAACGCCGCAUCUACCGCAAGUUCCCUUUGCCCCGAAAUUGGGACACCAUGCAAAACCCGCCUUACAGCUACUGGAUCUACUAUUUGUUCGCCAACAUCGCCUCACUCAACGUCUGGCGAAAGCACCGCGGCUUCAACACCUUCGUGCUCCGACCCCAUUGUGGUGAAGCGGGCGAUACCGAUCACUUGGCUGCAGCAGUGCUGUGCUGUCAUAGUAUCUCGCAUGGUCUCCUGCUGCGGAAAGUGCCACUGCUGCAGUACAUCUUCUACCUCGAGCAGAUUGGGGUGGCGAUGAGUCCGCUGAGCAACAACGCCUUGUUCCUCGCUUACGAGCGUAACCCGUUUCUGCAGUACUUCCGGCGCGGACUCAACGUGAGCUUGUCCACCGAUGACCCACUGCAAUUCGCAUUCACGAAAGAGCCGCUCAUCGAGGAAUAUGCUGUCGCGGCGCAGAUCUACAAGCUUAGUGCGGUGGACAUGUGCGAGUUGGCGAAGCAUUCGGUGAUGCAGAGCGGGUUCGAGCAUGCGGUCAAGCAGCGGUGGCUGGGUGAGAAUUACCAUCUGCCUGGUGUGGCAGGAAACAAUAUGGCUAAAGUCAAUGUGCCCAACAUCCGAGAAGCGUUCCGACAUGAGACAUUGGAGCUGGAGCUGCAAAUGAUCGAUAAAUAUACCCGACCGCGAGAGGCGCAAGACCUCACGAACGUCUCUUUGCCGGAAGCCGCCAAGCAGGGCCCGCCGAGCCCGACGGCGAGCAUGAUGACCAACCCGAGCGCGACCAACCCUCUCGGUAUCAACACCAGCUCAUACCGCGCAGGGGGUAGUCAGUAUACUCAGCCAAACAGCAAUUCUACGCCGCACUAUCAUGACUCAGUACCUCGAGUACAUCCUCCACCACCUGGCCGUGACGGCGGGCAUGGUAGUGGCAGCAUGAUAUUCUCAUCUCCCUCAACACUUACCGGGCAUCCCAAUUUCCCGCCUCAACCGCCCGAGCCCGCCUCAGCACUUACGCAAACGGCGAACCUUACGCCCCAAUUGUCUGCGCCUUCUGCACUGCGAUCAUCGUACAGCGCGUCUGGUGGGAGCGAUCUGGUCGAGCCUAGAAUGUUUCCAGGCGUAGUUAGCAGGCAGCGGAGACGCUCGAGUUUGCUCAUUAGCCAGCGAGACUCAACCGGCAACCUUAGCGUCGGCAGCGCUGGCGGAGCAUUGGGUGGGGAGGACGGGAUGCAAGGUAGCAUCGGGAGCCUAGGCUCUGCGCCUCUUGAGCGCUUUGGAGGAGAUGCGGCGUCUCCGGUGGAAACGAAGGAGACAAUUCCGGAGGCGGAGGCUGGCUUGGAGACUGACGAGGAUGAUGACUGAGAUGACGGAACGAUACUAGAUAUUCUCAAGGACGUGUGGCGGACGCGCACAUGCUAAGAGGCCACGAGCGGUGCCUAGAGGCUAAGCACAGCAUAUCCCUAGAGCUGGUUCUGUGAUGGUCAGAUAUCUGAGUAAGACAUUCGUCCGCGUCAAGAAAACCAAGCAAUCGUCCCACGACUUUCCUUUGUGAGACGCUCAUC